CUUACCACACAGCCCAUCCUAUUCGUGCCGGGAUCGUUCCUCCAUCACUCCAUCGCUCCAUCGCUUCUCCGCCGUACUUCUUGCUCCUCCUCUUCUCCUCCUUCUCUUCUUCAUCACUCCCCACUAGCUACUACUUUCCUUAAUUCCCCUAUACAUUCUUUUUCUUUCCUUUUUCUGAUUUGCUAUUCACUUGGCCUUAUUCCUUCUAGGUCUCCGUCUCUCCUUUAAUCAACCUUGUAUGCCCUCACUUGGCUCUUUUCUUUUUCUACCUACGUCCACCCUCAUUCUUUUCAAACUCGCCACUCAUCACACCUCGCGCCGUUCAUGAUAUAGCUCUCCUACCUCAUACCUGCACUCCCCUCCUCGGCCAGCGACCUUCCUUCCUUUAGAACUCCCUGUCCCCCCUCUUCGAUCUCUCUCUCUCUCCUAUAUCACAUCACUCCUCCACCUCCCUCUUACAACAUCUCACCCUCCUCUCGAUCUGUCUCUCAUUUCACAGCCAUGAGCUACAUUCACCCCUCAUGGAACUACCAGCCCCAUUCAGGUAUCCCAAUGGACCACGCCAUGGCCUAUGAUCCAACCAUGGUGCCGCCGCCCAUGAUGCACCACCACCCCAUUGACGGCUAUCUCUACCCUCAUCCACCCAUGGAGAUGCUCGACUACUAUCACCAACCCAUCAUGGACUACGACGAAUACACAGAGAACCUCUCACGCCCUCGCCUGACCAAGGAGCAGGUCGAGACCUUGGAGGCUCAAUUCCAGGCUCACCCGAAACCUAGCAGCAAUGUCAAGCGGCAAUUGGCGGCUCAGACAAAUCUCAGUCUCCCUCGAGUAGCGAAUUGGUUCCAAAAUCGACGCGCCAAGGCCAAGCAACAAAAACGCCAGGAGGAGUUCGAGAAGAUGCAGAAGGCCAAGGCAGAGGCCGAGGAAGCUGCACGACAAAAGUCAGAGACUAUCGAUCAACUUUCCGAGUCUCGCCAGGCGUCAGCCGUCAAGGAGAAUCCCGAGGAUUCCGCCACCCCCAAACCAGAGACUACUACUACCACCACCGCAUCCCAAGCGACCGCCUCGACGCCGGAGACCAGCCAAGAGGUUGGUCAGACAAAGAAGCACCAGAAGACAAAGAGCGAAUCAGCUCGAGAGGCAACGUUCGCAUCCCUGCAACGGGCAUUGAACGCUGCCUGCGCUGCCCGAGACCGCUUCACAGGCCGACGAGGCAGCAAGCACGAGGAGGAAGAACCCGUUUCUCCCACCUCGAUGGCCCCUCCUAGCAUUGGCUCCAAAUCACAAGAACGCAAGGCCCAAGCACCCUAUGGGUCUGGCUACAUGGAUUGGCAGAACAACGAAGAGUCUACGUCAUGGGCCUCAUCCCACAGCCAAGCCGAGACGAACUCGUGCCAAACAAUUCCCGAGGUGCCUAGCUCCACGCACUCUGCGCUGCAGAAUGUCGAUGCCUUGGCUGGAGCUCAGUACCCAGCUCAGAACGGGGAAUGGGCGGAACACUCCAAGAACCAGCUUCCCGGACAUGGCAACCUUGAGUACAACAACAUGCAUUACCCGAUGGCCCUACAGACACCAGAUAUCUCUGUCACCCGACGUGAGUCUUCUGGUGCGCUCACUGCCCUGGAUGGCAUCGGAAUUCACACUGGAGAGUCUGGCAUGCCGCAAUCCUCGGGCUCCAGUGGAGCAUCGUGGAAGGAGGCUGGAAAGGAGCUUGACCUUGCCGCGCGGCGCAAGCGCCCCCGUCCUGCCGCUAUUGGCACCUCAAACACCCGUUCUCUGGCUGCCUCGACUUCCAUGUCUUCCCUUUCCCCCACGAGCCGUGUCCCCAGCUCCGCCGGUGCCAGCAACGCCAUGAGGCAUUCCAAGUCGGCCCAAUGUCUGAACACCCGGUAUGCCGGUGUCCGAAAAGCAUCGGCCGCCCAGCGUUCUCCUCUCAACUUCACCUUCGCCGAGUCUGGAUCCAUGAAGGCCAGCAAGGCCGAGAUGCUGCGUCCGUCCGUCUCGUCGACGAGCCUGGCUCCGCCAACUCCGUUGACCCCUCAAGACUUCCAGCACUUCUUGCCUGCCUCGCCGACGGAAAGCAAUUACUGCUUGUCUGCGCACUCUACAACUCAUUUCUUCCCUUCCUCCCAGCCGAUGCAAGUAAAUAUCGCCUCGCCGCCUACAACGCCGCUGGAUAUCUACUCCCCCUUCCCAUACCAGCAUAUUGCCCCUCCAAUGUCAGCUCCGGCGCAGGUUUCCACAUUUCCCGAGUAUGUGACCUGUGAUCCCGUGCCCUUGACCGCUCGGAGCUGGGCAGACACUGGUUCCAUACCCUCUCCCGAUUUCCAGAAUGGUCUCCAAGUGCCCCAUUCAAGCACUGUCUCUCCCAUUGGAUUCGAGUCAGCGGUCGACCACUCAGGGCAUGCAUUUGCCAUGGAGUCCGUGUCCGGCUCUCCAUCCCUAGUUUACUCGGUGGAAGAUGCAGACCUGCAGGGGUCAGCGGAAGCUGGUGAACGGAAGCAACCUGAGUUUAUGAUGCACGACUACCAGCAGCACGACCCUCGCUUUUCUGCCCAUCAACUGGGCCACAAGGCGAAGGCCUAUACGUUUGCGAACAACACCACUCAUGGUCACUAUCCUUCUUGAGAUAGCUGACUCCUUUUGACAACCAUUCUAGUGAACAGGAUCGGUUGGCUGUGAAUGAGAAAUGUGCCGCGAUAAAUAUGCUUUUGUUGAUCUGGGACGAACUGCCAUGCACCUUUUCGUUCCAACGUGCAGGUUGUUUUCUCCCCCUUGAUUUUUCCCGUCUCUUUUGGUCAUCGCUAUUUUCCACCUACGGGAGGCCCCUGUUUAUGUUUGAUGCCGCCCGUGCGCCGAUGACCAGUCACUGUUGAAAGCUGCCUCUUACAUAAUUUCUUCCUUCUCUUGUCUCUCUAUUAUUCGGUGAUUGUCCCGCCGGAGGAGUUUAUAUACUUGGAGCAUCAUUUGCAUUUGUGUUUAUUGGCCUGGAAUAUUCGUUAUGGGUGUCUGAUACGACUUUUUAAUUCUUCCGAGCCAUCAAUGCUCAAGAUCUUUUUUUUUACCUUCUCUGUGGCCUAUUGGAUCACACUUUGUUCUCUUGGGGAUUGGGCUUGGCUCCCUUUAUUUUUUAUGGGAUGGGGUUUGGACUUGCAUAUUUGGCAGCAACUGGCUAUCUGAUACAUACUGAGAUGUACCUUCCUUCUCUAUACCUACUCUGUUUUUGUUCGCUCUUGAAUACUCUCUGUGACUUUUUGCUCACUUGCCACAUAAUCUAACCGUUUCUGGGUCUGCGCCAUGGCUCAAUGUGCAAUAUUAAUCUCUCGAAUACCGUUCUUC